AAAUGGAAUAGUGCUAUUAAAAAAUUUGUUUUUUUAUUUUUGAUGUGUAUAGGAAAAGUUAAAUUGGAAUUGAUAAAAAAUUGCAAUUACAGUUUUUAUAAAAUAUUGAUAUUAUUAAUAUAAUAUCAAUAUUAUAUCAAUUCUGAAGUUAUCGAUAUAAUGUUAUUGUUAUAACUGAUUCGAGUUUAGUACUAUCACAGAAUCAAAAUAGUGUUUUAGUAUGUGAUCAUAUUUAAAUUAAUAUAUAAAUUGAUUUUCGAAUAUAUAGACGAAAGAUUUCCAGAGUAUGGCACAAAUUUCUCGUGUGUAUAAAUCUGAAAUACCUGUAUUAAUUCACAUUUUCUCUAGAAAUUAUAGUCAACAAAGACGUAAAUACAAUUAUUACGAAAUAUUGCAUGUUUCCUCGAAUGCAACUCAAAAGGAAAUAAAAGAUGCUUAUAUCAAAUUAUCAAAACAGAUGCAUCCUGAUAGUGGUAAUAAAGGAAAUCAUGAUGAUUUCGUAAAAAUAAAUGCAGCUUAUACGGUAUUAAGUAACAAACAGAGUAGGCAUUAUUAUGAUAUUGAUUUAAAAAAUGAUAAUGUUCAUGAAAACUAUGAUUACCAGAGGACUAGAUAUAAUAAUCGUUACCAUCGUUAUGCAUAUGACAUGCAGUAUUCAACAAGUAUAAGAAAACAUUCUGAAAAAAAUAAAAAAAGAGCAAUUAUAUUUGUUUUCUUUCUUUUGAUCAUAGGAUUAUCACUUCAAGUAGUACGUGUUAUAAUAUGGUCUAAAGUUAAUAGAGAAGCAGCACUAAGGAAGAGCAAUAAGAUUUUAGUAGAAUACGAAAAUAGUCUAAAAAGGUAUGAAAAUAAAACAUUUAAAGAAAAAUUAGAAAUAUUUGAAAAACUUAUGGCAGAAGAGUUUAAAGAUGAUAAAUAACACAUAGAGAAAGUGGAUUUACUUGGAUGUAUAUAUUAUGAUAUAGAAAAAUUUUUAGGAAUUUUCUUUUAUGUAAUUAUACAUUUGUAAUUUUGUAUGUACAAAAUACGCAAUAGAUUGUACAUUAUAAAAUUAAUUUUUUUAGAUAAAAUAGAUUAUAUUUUAAAUAAAUAAAA